CACGUGUUGCGGGGAGUAAAAGCGGCUGGCAUUCAAUUAGCAGCGAAGCUCACCGGCGCUGGCGGGACGGGCGCGUGAGGCCGCAGCAACAGAUGCGGGAAGCUCCCUUGCGCUGUGGUCCCGGCUCCGCGACACCGAGUCUGGAAAAGAAUUUGCAGCCCGAGGGCAGGGUACUGGGAGUCAGUGAGCAGCGGGAGCCGCGAUGGUGCCCCUUCGGGCCCUGUGGUUGGCCUGGGCUCUGCUAGGAGUGGCCGAAGCGUGUCCAGAACCGUGCGCCUGCGUGGACAAGUAUGCUCACCAGUUCGCGGACUGCGCCUACAAAGAGCUGCGCGAGGUGCCCGAAGGACUGCCAGCCAACGUGACCACUCUUAGUUUGUCCGCCAACAAGAUCACCGUGCUACGGCGCGGGGCUUUCGCCGACGUCACGCAGGUUACGUCGCUGUGGCUGGCGCACAAUGAGGUGCGUACAGUGGAGCUGGGCGCGCUGGCGGUGCUGAGCCAGCUCAAGAACCUCGACCUGAGCCACAACCUCAUAUCCAGCUUCCCGUGGAGCGACCUGCGUAACCUGAGCGCGCUGCAGCUGCUCAAAAUGAACCACAACCGCCUGGGCUCGCUGCCCCGGGAUGCACUCGGAGCGUUGCCAGACCUGCGCUCCCUGCGCAUCAACAACAACAGGCUGCGUACGUUGGCGCCUGGCACCUUCGAUGCACUAAGCGCGCUGUCACAUCUGCAACUCUAUCACAACCCCUUUCACUGCGGCUGCGGCCUUGUGUGGCUGCAGGCUUGGGCAGCAAACACUCGGGUCUCGUUACCGGAGCCCGACUCCAUUGCGUGUGCCUCGCCUCCCGCGCUGCAGGGAGUACCUGUGCACCGCCUGCCCGUCCUGCCCUGUGCCCCACCUACCGUGCGUCUAAGUGCAGAACCGUCGCCUGAGGCGCCUGGCACCCCCCUGAAGGCGGGUUUGGCGUUCUUGUUACACUGCGUUGCCGAAGGCUACCCCACGCCCCGCCUGCAAUGGCAACUUCAGAUCCCGGGUGGCACCGUAGUCCUAGAGCCUCCGGUCCUAAGUGGGGAGGACGAGGGGGACGCGGAGGUGGAUAGGGAGGGGGAAGGAGAUGUGGACUAUCAGACGCAGACCGAGGCCCCAACCCCAACUCCGGCACCCGCUUGGCCAGCACCGCCAGCCACCCCGCGCUUCCUGGCCCUAGCAAAUGGCUCCCUGUUGGUACCCCUCCUGAGUGCCAAGGAGGCGGGCGUCUACACAUGCCGUGCACGCAAUGAGCUGGGUGCCAACUCGACCUCAGUACGCGUGGCGGUGGCGGCAGCCGGGCCCCCAAAGCACGCUCCUGGAGCGGGGGGAGAACCGGAUGGGCAGGCCUCGACCUCGGAGCGCAAAUCCACAACCAAGGGCCGAGGCAACAGCGUCCUGCCCUCUAAGCCCGAAGGCAAAACCAAAGGCCAAGGCCUGGCCCGGGGCAGCGUCUUCGGGGAGACAGAGAUAGAGGUGGAGCCGGAGGAGGAGGCAGGUGAGGGAGAGGAGGCCGAAGGCCAGAUCCCUGCGGAUCCGGGGGAGGAGCAGCACUGCGGCCAUGGGGACCCCUCUCGGUACGUGUCUAACCACGCGUUCAACCAGAGCGCAGAGCUCAAGCCGCACGUCUUCGAGCUGGGUGUCAUCGCGCUGGACGUGGCGGAGCGCGAGGCGCGGGUGCAGCUGACACCGCUGGCGGCGCGCUGGGGCCCUGGGCCCGGCGGGGCUGCAGGAGCUGGGCGGCCCGGGCGGCGGCCCUUGCGUCUACUCUAUCUGUGUCCAGCGGGAGGCGGCGCGGCAGUGCAGUGGUCCCGCGUGGAGGAGGGCGUCAACGCCUACUGGUUCCGCGGCCUGCGGCCAGGCACCAACUACUCUGUGUGCCUAGCUCUGGCGGGCGAGGCCUGCCACGUGCAAGUGGUGUUCGCCACCAAGAAAGAGCUGCCCUCGUUGCUGGUCAUCGUGGCAGUGAGUGUAUUCCUCCUGGUGCUGGCCACCGUGCCGCUGCUGGGUGCCGCCUGCUGCCAUCUGCUGGCCAAACACCCGGGCAAGCCCUACCGUCUUAUCCUGCGGCCUCAGGCCCCCGACCCCAUGGAGAAGCGCAUCGCCGCCGACUUCGACCCACGUGCCUCCUACCUCGAGUCCGAGAAAAGCUACCCGGCAGGCGGCGAGGCGGGAGGCGAGGAACCAGAGGAGGCCCCGGGGAUGGGCCUCGACGAAGAUGCCGAGCAGGAGGACCCAGAUGGGGACCUGCACAGGGAGGAGAGCCUGGCGGCCUGCUCACUGGUGGAGUCCCAGUCCAAGGCCAACCAAGAGGAGUUCGAGGCGGGCUCUGAGUACAGCGAUCGCCUGCCUCUAGGCGCAGAGGCGGUCAACAUCGCCCAGGAGAUUAAUGGCAACUACAGGCAGACGGCGGGCUGAACCCCCGCCUGCCGGGCCCGCCGAUCCCACCCCCACCUUGGGUGCUUGGGAUCAGCAGCGUGGGGCAGGCAGGACUUAUGCACCCCGCCCCCAACCUUCACUUGCUCCGCCCCCUAACCACUCCCUUCUGGAGGGGAAUGGGCCCAGUUCACCCGGCUCCAGCCAACUACAGCCGUAAUCCUCCCCGAGGGCUGAAUCCUCCUCCCCCCACGCCCCAGCCCAGCCAAGCACAGUGUCCCUCUCCUUUCUUCCGGUAUAAGACGCCACCCAUUGACUGUAACGCGAAAUCUACGCCCCUCCAUUCCCAUCGCGAUUAUCUGCGAAAUCCGCCCCGCGGGCUGCCCCACCGUGGACCCUGGAGCCCGAGGAAACGGGCGAAGACGUUGGAAACGUCUGGUGGUAGCGCUAGGGUUCCGUGGCCAGCCCGGGAGCCCCAGUAGAUCUCCCCAGCAUGGAGCGCUGCAGCGCCCAGCCUCGACCCCCACUCCGUCCUUCGGGGUUGCACUCCCAGAAUCCGGGAUUGGUGGCGACCCCUACUUUUUAGUUUCAAAGACCCCUCCUGAUAGGGAACCAAAUCCUUCUGUAUCCCCAUCCCUACCGCUACCCACCUCUGUCCUGCUCGAGCCGAGCCCGGUGCCUGGGGCGUCUUUCAGCUCCACUUUCACAAACAGUGGCAUUCCGGGUCUGGUGCUAACACCUCCUUCCCAACCCUUGGGAAAAUU